AUGCCAUUUUUGGCCUCCACCUACCUCCCCCCUCGGGAUCCGUGCCACCAACCUCCCCUCCUCAAUUUUCGCGCCAGCCCUCUCCUCCUCCGCCACUUGGCGCUGCCCCCGCCGCCAAACGCCACCCAGCGCCGCCGCCAAGUCACCCACGCCGUCCCCGCGCACACUCCCCGCCUUCCACGUGUCCCCAACGCGCCACCUGUCCCUGCGCCGCCCUCCGCCGCCACGGCCCGCGAGGCCCACGGCCGGCCAGCCCGCGCCCGCAUCGCCUCCCUGCGCCAGCAGCGUCGGGCUGCUCCCGAGCGCUCCCCGUCGGCGCGCCUUCGCCACCUCCUCCCGUCUCCGCUGCACGCCGCGGCCACCGCUCGCCGCCCCUUCGCGCCAACGCCGGCCAGAUGCGCUGCCACCGCCGCGGGAUCUGGUCACCCGCAGGCCAGAUCCGCCCUCCUCCGACGCCCCGCGCCCCUCGCCGGUUUCCUCCUCGCCGAAGCUGCCUCGUCGUUGCCGGAGUUGGAUCGGGACGAGAUCCAUCCGUCCCCGAUCCAAACGCCGCCCCGCGCCCUGGAUCUCCUCGUCCCGCUCCUCCCCGUCCUUUUUUUCGCGAGGUGA